AUUCCAAGAAAUAUUUAACUAGAUAACUCGGUGACGUCCCUGCAAACUUUCGUUUUUAUCAGUCGGCUUAUUAUAAUUUAGGUUUUCUCUAAUCAAGCUGUUGUGUGAUAAGCAAAGAAGCACAGCAUUCUACCAUUUGUUUGUAGUAAUGCAAUGAAUAGUUUGUGGCGUGACGCAUGAAUGGUUAGUUCAUCCAGGGCGGAAGUGCUAAGAUGGCGAGCUCGAAUGCAUCUCUCGAGACUGGCCUACAUGAGUACAGAACCCGCAUUGAGCAGAUCGAAAGCCUGUAUAAAGACACCGAGGAGUGCUUUCGACAGAUACAGGGAGAACUCAGACGAUUCUCAGUUGCAGCGGAAUCCGAGUUUCCUAUACCCUCGCUUUCAAAGGAUGGCCUCUUUAUACCGAGUGUUAUAGUUAUUGGCAACCAGAAUUGUGGAAAGAGCACAUUUCUAAACGUGCUUUUAAAGGGCAAGUAUCUACCAGUGCACGAGAAUCCCUGUACAUCAAGAAUCGUACGAAUCAGCUACAGCGAGUCCAACUUUGUGCAGCUCGUGGAUGAAGCAGGUAACGUCAUUCAAAGGGAAAAAUUCAAACGUAAAGUCCCUAAAAAAUACGCUGUGCUUUCGGAUGCUGCAAAAGAAAGUGCUGAUAACUUGAGCGCGAUUGUAGAGGUUGGAGUGGAGCAUGAGUUUCUUCAGAGUGGCAUAGAACUGAUUGAUUCACCUGGUCGUUGCGAAAGCGAUGCCUUGGAUCGACUUGUCGAUGGAUUUCUAGAGAAAGGCAUCGUCCCUCUGAUCGUCUAUGUUGUGGACGGAAAUGAAGGUCUUAAUCGCAAGGACAAGGAGACGAUCCGCGAGCUACACGAUAAAUUGCCAGAAACUUCACUUUUAUUUGUCUGCAGCAAAGUGGACGUUGAUGACGAAACCCUGGAAUAUGAUCAUGAUAGUGAUACGGAGGAAGAAAAUCCGCUGACUGUGUCUAGGUCGAAAAUGGAAAAGGUAUUCAAACAGCUUAAAAAGCUAGGGGUAUUGAAACAAGAUGCAGAUAUAUCAUCGUGUUCCGAUUUUCACGGCAUUUCUUCAACGCGAGUGCAAAAAGCUCGGAAAAACUGUGAAGAAAAUGACGCAACCAAUAGCUUUGAAAAUCUUAAGCUUUGCAUUUACGAUAGACUGCGGAAAUCACUAGAAAGCAAAUGCCGGCAAGCCAUUUCUUCAGUAUUAUCAGCCCUGGAAAUCGUGCUUGCCCUUACUACACAAGCACAUAAAGAUAUUGCUUUAUCGAGAACGGUAGUAUCUAAAGUCUUCGAGAACGCUGUCGAGGCAGGGAAAUCAUUGUUGUAUGUUCUGAUUGAUAUAACACUGGACCACAAUGCGAUUUCGGAUGAUAUAGGCAAGAGCAUGCGGCAGAUGACCGUUGAACUUUUAGAUGAUGCUGAGACCUACCAGGUACCAGAUGGCAAAACUGUCCGGCUCGAAUUUCAAACUAUAACCGGGCCAAUUGCUGAGCUUACACAACACUGUGGUACCGAGGAGCUUUUAUACUUGGAUUUUAUACAUAACAUGAAGAGUACAAUCUUGGAGAAGACAUUCAGUACUAUUAGAAUGUCCUUAGAUUACGCCAUCCAAAAUAGACUGUCACAAGCAAUUAGCAGCAUUGUCACACUGGCUCAAAACAUACAACAUCCAUUCAUAGCUCGCCUCCUUGCUCGUUCGUAUAUGUUAGACACUGAAGCAUUGACGGUUGAAAAUAGUUUUGAGGGGAUUCAUCAUGUCUUAGACGGUCUUCUUGAGGUGAUCCACAUCGCGGUUAGCAAAACACUGAGAGAAGAGAUCGCUCUUCCUUUCUGUGACUUCCAACUGAAUGAGGUUAGUAGACGUCCUAGACCACGUGAUAACUUCUGGAGAAGGAAGGUCGCUCAGACCCUUCUAUCCAAGCUGGACAGCAAGAAAAUUUCUGACUCUGCCAUCAAGACAUGCGAGGAGAUUUUGAAUCACAUGCUAGAAAAGUUCGUAGGUAGAAUUGAAACCAUCAAGAGAUUAAACGAUACUUUGGCGAGUAUCCCAGAUGACUUUGACAACCUUCGCCUGGUGCACGUCCCACAUGUUGCGGAAUUGGUAGCUAGAGGAUAUUCCUUGCAGAACAUCAUGAACAAGGGUCCUGUACAGCUGGGAGCAGUCUUGUCCCGAACGGCGAACUCCGUUGUGUACGAGUGUUCUAGUCCAGCCUGGGGUGGCUUAGACAAGAGCGUUGUGAAGGUCGUAAAAAGAGAUGCUCUUGAUGACAAAGUCUGGAAGCAAUACAUCCUAGAUGGUGUCCAUACUUUAGACAUAAUGAGCAGACUUGGGGGCAAAUGUCCAGUAAAUCAUCUUCGGCUUUUCGGAUGGUGUUUGUUGCCUCCUUGUGAAGAGAUGUAUAUAGUCAUGGAACGAGUGAGGUGCGACUUGCUCACUGCCCUUCAAGAAGGCCUGUCGUGGGAACAGCGACUGACAGUUGCCAAGGAUGUUGCAAGGGGUCUCCAAAAGAUCCAUAAAGCUGAAUAUGUCUAUCGGGAUUUGAAACCUCAGAAUGUAAUGAUUUCCUUCAAUGGUUGUGCCAAGAUCAAUAUGUGCAAACCAGAGAAGCCUUUCGAAAUUACCAAACUUGGAUUGCCAUUUCACAUCUCCCCGGAAAUGUACAAACGUCCUUCUCCAGGCUCUUCUUCCUCUAGUUUUGACAUCUACGCAUUUGGAUCACUGUGGUGGGUAAUCUGUGAAGGGACUGGAAACAAGAGACCAAGAGCCUUCGAAUUCUGCCACGAUUCUGAGUCUAUGGAGCAAGCAACACUUGAGGGAAGGUGGCCGGAGCGACCACAAGGUGUGUCGGAUGCAUCUUGGGACCUGAUGGUCCAGUGUUGGAAACACGAAGUUACAAUAGAUGAUGUGCUCCAGCUCCUCGAACGCCUGAGCCCAGAACAUUAAAUACCCCCUUUCAUGAGCAUUACCCUGGAAUCAUAGCACAGGGGUAGGAUGGGGCUUGCCCCAGGGAUGGGGGGAAGGGGAGGUAAUUGGUGAAUGUACAUGGUCCAAUAUAAAUUUUGAAUUAUGUUAGAGGUAGGGAAUGGGGUGGAAAAUAGCUGUUACCAUGUGUUAACUACAGCCCUAUCUGUCCCUGUUGAUCACCCUUUCAAGUGCAACAGAAAGAACAUUGAUUUUGAGAAUUGCUCCCCUUUAAAUGCUUAUAGAAAAAUAUAUAUUUGUUUAUGAUUUAUUGCUAUUAGUUAUAUAUAAGGGACAUUCAUUUGUGUGUGUGUGUGUGUGUGUGUGUGGGUGGGGGGGAGGCAAAGUAGAGGGGAGGAAAGAAGGUGGAAAUGCUAUAUAAUUAUGUAUUUUGAUGUCUCCCUACAUUUACUCUUCUUUAUUUUUGGAGGCUUAGGAUGGUUUAAGAGCUUGGACGGUGCUGUUGUAAAACUGAGUUUGCCAUUUGCCACCAUAAUGCUGUAAUUGGUAUGAAACCAAUACAAUAGUUCUGGAUCCAUGGUUUCUGCCCAGGGGGGGGGGGGGGGGGGGGGUAGAUGAGGGUGAUUGUCAUAUCUAAUAGGGUAUAAAAUUUCGACCAACUGCCAUCCCUUAGGAGGUGUUGAAGUAUUUUAAAGAUUUUGCUAUCUUUUAGGGUAUAAAUUCUACAAACUGCUCUAGCUAAGGGGGUGGAUUUUUUCCAAUUCUGUUACCUCUUACGGUAUAAAAUUCAACCAAUUGCUACUCCUAAGGGGAUGUGCAACAUUUUUAUAUCAAUUCUGCCAUCUUUUAGGGUUAAAAAUUCGACAACACCUUAUUUGCUAUCUCUUAUGGGUUAGAAUUUCUGUUGACCACGCCCAAAGUGCCCUCCCUUAGAGUUAAAAUUGAUUUUGCCAGCGAUCACCUUCAUCUGUAUUUAUCAGAGUCCCCCCCCCGGAUUCUGAUACAUGCACAGUAGCAUACCCUGGUUUUCAGAGGACCUUGCACCAUCAAUAACCUAAAAGCAUGAUGAACAAAUAACAUAGAGAGGGCGUGUAUUGGCAUGCUUACUUAUUUUUUAAUAUUUAGGAGUGAAUACUUGGGAGUGAAUACCCUCUGAUACUCAAGGUAGAGUAGCUAAAACAUUUUGGGGCAGUUAAAGGGUGAUAAUUUACUGAACGAUGUCUUUAUUCUGAAUGCAGCAUCUUAGGAGGUCUCUCUUGUAGACCAAUGUGGGAAAAUGUGUAGUUACUUGUAGUUUACCCUGAAAAAUAAAUACCAUGAGUUUUAGAUAUUUUAGUAUUACUUAAAUACUACUAUUACUUAAAAUAAACGAAUUAUCAAUUUCU